AUGACGCCAAUAAUAAGGCGGAAUAGAACAAUUACUGCAAAGCAAACACAAAUAUUCGCAAUUUCCAAAAAUUAUCAAUCAGUUGCAAUUAACUGCGGCCUAGAAAUCAAACUAUUCGAAGAUGAACAUCCAAUGGCAAAAGAUAAUUGUUUAUUGGAAAUUAUUGAACUAAUGGACGGUCAACAUUUGAAUGGUGCAACAGGUUUAUCUCAAUUGAAUAGAUCAGCAUCAAAUACAGAUCCUCAAAUAGAAGUAACUAUUGACAUUGACAAUAACGGCACAUUGAAUGUACAGGUCAUUGAUAAAACAACUGGCCAAGAAUAUCUUGUUCUAGUGACUGAUGCUAAAAAUUGUUUAUCAAAAAUGAAAUAA